AUGGAUAACUUCUCUUUCCAUAAUACGGGGAGCAGAUUUGCACUUAUUAUCUUACUGCUUGGCAUGACCAUCUUUUUCAAGGGACUGUGGGUAAAUGUGCCAGGUUUUUUAAGCAACAAUGUGCAACACAGAAGCCAGCUGAGUUGUAACGCAGGCAGCUUCAUUCUGAAGGGGAUGAAAAGCUGCCAUCCUUGGCUUAGUUGUCUGGAAAUUGAGAAGGAAGUUUGGGUAACUGAAAGAUAUCUUGGGUCUGGGGCAGAAAAAAUAGUAAAGGAAGGAUAUUGGCAAGAUCAUCCAGUAGCAGUAAACAUUUUGAGACAUGAAGACUUCUUCCACGACUUUCAGCACAACCUGAAUAUGUUAAAACUAUUUAGUAAUGAAUCCAGUCCCCAGGUCAACAAAAUCGUCCAGCUUGUUGGAUGGUGUUUCCACCAGCAGACCCCGGUUAUUAUCACUGAACUGCACCCACUAGGAGCUGCUAACAAUAUUCAUGCAGUUUUAAAAGAAAAUUUUCCAUCAUUUGAUACAUUGGAAUUUAGAUUUGGCUUAUGUAUUGACUUUGUUAACAUUCUGCAUAUUCUUCAUUCUCAUCCCGAUGGUCCACGAGUAAUGUGCGAUGCAAAUGAUCCUGACAAAGCACUGAGCCAGUUCUUGCUUUCAGAAAAUGGAUCUCUUAUUCUCAAUGACAUGGAUGCACUUCCACUGGUGAAUAAAAGCUCUGGGGAGUUGGUAAAGUGUGGUCACAGAGAGCUUCAUGGGGAUUAUGUGGCUCCUGAACAGCUGUGGCCAUAUGACACAAAAAUGUAUGAUGAUGGAGAAAUGCCACAUUAUGAUGAAAAAGUUGACAUUUGGAAAAUACCUGAUGUUUGCAAUUUUCUGCUUGGGGACAUGACAGGUGCCAGCAAACUCCAGUUACAUUUAUUUGGUAUUCAUUCAGAGUGUAAAAAGGAAGACCCUCAGUUGCGACCGUCAGCCAGGAUGGUUUUAAAUUACUAUAAAACUGUUCGUCUGAGACUAGGCUGGAACAUAUUCUCUCCAAGAUCACGGGAUGAGGGCUGA